UUUAACGCUUGAAGUAUUUGUGUCGUUCGUUGUGUUGUUUUUUAAAUAAUAUUGGGCACUAGAGGGCGCACAAACACCACAACAUUUCCUUGUGCAGUACAACCUGCUACUUCCUUUAAACCUGAAAAAUAUUUGUAGGACAGGUUAUGGUGACAUACAUAACAUAGCCGUGUUAAGAUGAAAUAUACAAGAAUAAAUCUCUUUGUCUCUGAAUUUCCCCCCUCUCCCUUAAGUCUCUCUAGGCUCCAACAACAGAUGGCCUAGUGAACCAGUUCAAUUCCCCUCACAGCAUUUUCCAAACUGACCUUGGGUUGCCACACACACACACACACACACACACACACACACACACACACACGGUCAUGUGCUAGUCUGUUACAACAUAGUGGAGGGAGGAACAUCUUUUCUUCUCCACCCAGAUUACACACACACGGAUUUGCUUGUACAUACAUGUCUUUUCUAAGAUAACAUACAAAAACACACAAUCUCUCCUCCCACCCUCUGUUUGUUCCUCCUUCUCUCUCUCUCUCUCUCUCUCUCUCUCUCUCUCUCUCUCUCUCUCUCUCUCUCUCUGAUCGAUCCUGUGUUUGAGGGGUGUACACAGGAUUCUCUCAGCCUUCCUCUCAGUCUGCAAUCAGCAACGGACACGCGCACAGGCGCACACACAGAGAGGCAGCUAUGAGCGCAGGCGAUGUGGUAUGCACAGGAUGGCUUAUAAAAUCCCCUCCGGAGAAGAAGCUAAAUAGAUUUUUAUGGCGGAAGCGAUGGUUUGUUCUCCGGAGGGGUCGGAUGAGUGGAAAUCCUGACGUUUUGGAAUAUUACCGCAGCAAGAAUUCCCGUAAACCAAUCAGAACUAUUGACCUUCAGGAGUGUGAGGUCACCAUUGAGGCAGAGGUGCAGCUCACAAAACGUCAGUACCAGAAUCAGCACCUGUUUGUGGUGAAGACCACCAAACGCACCUUUUACCUACUGGCCAAAACGGCAGAGGAGAUGAACAUCUGGGUUCAGAGUAUUGGACAGAUUUGUACAUUUGGAGGACUGAAUAGAUGUACAGAAUCAAUGGACAGUCUUAAUCACACACCCUCUUCCCAGCAGCCCUCUCCAGCCCUCUCUCCUCAUGUUUCUCUUGUGGCCAAUCAAGUCACAGUUCCUGUCGACAACCACGCUGUCCUCGACAGGCCCAGUGAAUCAGAGAUCAGCCCUCCACUUGACUACCUCUUCCUCUCUCAGUGUGAGACGGGCACAAAGAGCAUAGUCAGGUGUGAUAGUGCCUCUAACUCAGAACGCUCCUUUGAGCAGAGCUCAUCUGAGUACACAGAGGAUGUGUUUAGCCCAACCCCACAUAUUGACUCCUCCCCUUCCCUGUUCCUUUUGGGCGGGGCAUCCGAGCAUCCCUUCAGUGCCCCCUGUGGCCCGCUCUCUCUUUCCUCUUCUCUCUCCUCCUGUCUCUCCUCUCCCAUCUCUCUACGGCAGCCACCUGACGUAUUCAGAUUUGACCGGCCCUUCUGUGUGACAUCAGAGCCACAGACACCUCCUCCCCUCCCACCCAAACCCACACACCUGUCUGAUCCCCACAGCAAUGACGAUACUGGGCGUAACCAGGUUCAGCCUGUUCUCAACCCUCGAAGGACAUCACUAUCGGGAACAGAACAUUUUUGGAGAGUUGCAGGAGAGUUUGAUAAUGCUGGAAGAAACUGGAAGAAACGUCUAAGCCUCAACCUGCCAAUAUUUCUGAAUACUGCAGUCACUGAAAGCCACUAUGAGGUUUCAUAUGUGCCCAUGGCCUCUCCACCAAUCAGCUGCUCUGAUAUUGCUUCAGACGGCUACAUACCCAUGAGCCCCUCCACUCUGCCUAUCUCCCAACUGACCAGCGGCAAAGCAGAGCAACCCUCGCCUUCGAAUCCCGACAUCGAGCCCCCUCCAGUCGACCGCAACCUGAAACCCAGAAGGCGGGCAAGGCCGCCACCCUUAGACCUGCGAGGCUUGUCCACAAUCUCUGAAUGUCCAUUCCAUGUCCCCCUCACACGCACCAUGACAGAACCCAGCACAUCACUUCAGUGUGUACCUUUGGACAGGCGGUGGGGGUGGGGUUUAAAUGGCCCAGAACAGGAAGGGAGCAUAACACUGACGGACCCUGGUCCUACUCCCUGGAUGAGGUGUUCCAAGCUAGAUUACCUGUCACUUGACUUCAACUCUGCCUCCCCCUCACCUGUCCAAAAGAAGCUGUUGCUGGCAGAUGGGUACAGGGUGGAUUAUGUACAGGUAGACGAGAAGAAGACACAGGCUUUGCAGAGCACCAAGAUGGAGUGGAAGGAUGUUCGUCAGUCAAAAGCCUAAAGCCUUUUGGGGGGGGAUCAAUUUAAAUUAUUACAUGAUUCAAAACUUGACUUGUACUCAUCACCUACAAUUUCAGGUACACUUUGGUCAUUACACGGCUGUGAAAAGAAUGUAAUACUACCCAGAAAGGGGUUGGAUAUGAAACCUUCAGAAAAAAAAAUGUCAGAUUAUUCAGGAAAUUAUUCCAGAAUAAAAGACCCUCUGCCAAAAUCCUAACCCUCUUGGACCCCAUUUGUAAUGCCUUAAUAAAAAGCUCACUAUGAAGGUUUGCUAAGAAAGCCGCAUACUGUAUGAAAGGUUUGCAGGCUAAUCGGUUAAAGGCAUGCCAAUCUAUCAGGCUAAUCCGUUAGCUUUAUGAUAUGAUAUCAGGCUAAAUGGGGGUAGUAUUUAGCACGAUACCUGAUUCUACAACUAACAUUUUGUAGUAUGUAGUCUUUUUAAAUCUGAAUGGAGAAUGAAAGCCAAACAGUGCUGAGAGUAUGAAUCGUACAUGAACACAUUUUCACCGAAGCUUAAAUUUGCUUACCAAAGCACAAAUUUACUCACACUCCAUCUGAGACUAUUUAUAACACAAAUAAUUUAUUAACUGAUUGUUCAUUAGGGAUUAUUUGCUCAAAUUGGAAAACUAAAAACAGUACAGAGCAAUUUUUAUGGUACUUUCUGGGACAUCUAUUUUGAAAUAAUUCCCUGAAUAUAACGGCACACUGUUUUACAUCACUGAUAUAUGUGACACAGAUGUCACAUAGGCUCUUCAUAAAUUCAGAAAAACAUUUUCAAAGGUGUUAUGAAGUUUUAUGUAGAUAUUAUGAAUGUUACAUAUUAAUGACAUGCACAAUCAUGAAAAGUGUCACAAACAAUGUAUGUGUCUCUUUCACUGGUUUCAAACACGUUUAACGUGAACUCGUACUAUUACAAUAUGUUUCAUGAGAGUCGGACCACUGUAGACCACUGGAACCACUCACUGUGAUUGCACACUGGAACAAAGAUUCAAGAAUCAAGACAUCAGAACUUUGAAGGAAGUAGCUUUUUUUGUAGAAGGGAACUCUGCCUGGAUAGAUCUGCCUUUUCCUUUUUUAAGAUUGAAUGUUGAGUGAAUAUUGAAUGUUUAAUGUAAGACUACUGUCAUAUUAUUGACCUAACAGGGUUAUGCGUUUUUCCUGUUGACUUAGGCUGGUUCACUUUUAUGAGGCAUUACGAAUGUAUUUGGGGUUGUAGAAUUCUAGUGCCAUGUCAUGCUAUGCUAAUGACACUGUUAUGUCAUUUUUAUGGUGGUCAAAUGUUACCUUUGUCAUACUGACAAGAGCACAAAGAUUUCAUGGGAAACAAUCACUGUGACAUCAUCCGUUUCCCGCCAAUUCUUAUAUUAUUCAGUGUAUGCUUUAUGUCUCAUGAAGUAAUGAAAUACAUGAGUGAGAGUGAAAGAGUGAAUGAGUGCGAGCAAAACAGUGUGUGUGUGUGUGUGUGUGUGUUUCUGAAAUUUAGAGACCUUACUGACCUGUGUGAAUAAAUGGAUGUCUAUCCAUUAGCAGGUAAAUUAUUGUGAUGCAUUUUGAACACAAACCACUUUAAAACAAUUCAGCUGAAUAAACUCAAUAAUUUAAAAACUCAGUGAGACUCUUCUUUAAACUAUUUUUUUCUCUGAAAGACGGGAAAAUACGGAAUAAAAAACAGCACACAUCUUUUAUAUAUACUGUAUGUUAAUUAAUCAGAAUGUAUAAAGGCUUAAAUUCCUCACUCCAGUGACAAUUCAUCUGGUGUUGUUUUUCGAUUUCUGACUCCCUAGUAUGUUUAUGUUUACCGAUAGGUUUAGGGGUGGCCUUUAUGGAUAGGAACCAAUGACUCCCUAAUACUAUGGUUAGAUAAGGGGUGGGUGUAGGUGUAGGAUUUAAGGAUGCAACCUUGACUAUGAUCAAAAUGCAACCAACAUCACUGUGUUUUGUAAUCAGAAGGCACCAAAUAAGACCAGAUGAAGCAUGUAUUCAGUUCAACUCUGUUGUAUCCAUAAUGAAGUUUAUUAUGAAAUAAUGAUAUAAUGUUCUUAUUUCAAUCAGAUCACCAAAUCAAAAAUAUUUAACCGAUAUUUUUCUUUGUAACAUAAUAAUAUGUGGCACUUCAUACACAUGUGUGGCAUAUUUCUUCCAUACUGUCCUCUUAUGUUUAUUUUUGAUGCCCUACAGGGUCUUUAACACUCCAGCAGAAACUCUAAAAUAUAGAAAGAGGAUCAAGAUGGAAAAAAAUGAAAAGAAUCACACUAUAAUAUAAUAAAUAAUGUUUUAUAGCAAUACUUUAAAUAUUGUGAUUGGACUAAAUACUAUCUUUUGAAAGUUAUCAGACAAAACCUGAAUAUACCAUAAAUAAAAUGUUCCACAAGUCCCCUUCAUGUGGGAAUAUAUAUAUAUAUAUCUAUAUAUAUAUAUAUAUAUAUAUAUAUAUAUA